UCUCAGGAGAUAUACAAAAAAACGCCAAAUCUAAUCGAUAUAUUACCUGAAGCGUGCAGUCAGUCAGGCGUUAAUUACAGUGCACUCGUUUUGGCGAACUCCCAACAAACCAGAUCACUUCUUUCGCGGAAGCAAGCAAUAAGGAGUAACAUACACAACACGGCUGUUCUGUUGAACCGUAGUGGCAUUCCCCUUUUCUGGAGUAAACAGUGUAGUUUGAACUUUGGGAUUGUGGAAGAAAUCGAACACGUUAUACAAUACAGGUUAGACAAAAAUCAAUCUAAGAGACAACCUAACUUGGUAUGUCAGUGUUUAUGAGACGGAAUGCAUACCACCAGGCAAUGCUACGGAAACGAAAAGACGAUAACAAUUCUGUGAAAAGAUCGACAGCGCGAGUAGCUGCCGAGGUAGGCAGUCAGAGCAAAGCGUGUUGGAACGUGCAGGGCCGGCUUCGAAAGUCUAGUAAGAGAACGAAGGAAUCUACUACGAGCACAGAUCCAUUAACGAGGGCUGACAGCACAGGCACAGCUAACAUGGAAAAGACGUUGUGGAACAGAAUUACAAGGAGGCUGAAAAGUCGCAGCGAUUCCAGUUCCAAGGAUAACAAGAAUCGACGGUCGAACAUUCUCACUCCGGAAGGUAUCGAGUCUGUAGCGGUUCCACUCUUUUUCUUUACGAUUAUCGCUACGUGGUUGAUCGGCCUUGUCGACGUGCUGCCGGAAAUUUAUGAAGAGUACGGGUCACGUGUUCUGAUGUUCCAGCAGGUGUUCGUGAGUGUGCUGUUCUCGGAGAUGAUGCUCAACUGGUUCUGUAUUCGCUACGUGGAUUCGUCCAUCAGAACCGUAAAUGGUAUAAAACGCGCUGUGAGACGCGUAAUGCCCGUGAAAGACGAUCGGAUGGAUUCGGCACAACUCGGAGAGCAAGAAGAAGAAGACCAAUCUCCUUUCACCGUUGACUCGCGUGGCGUUAGGACGUAUCCUUACUGGUCGAGAUCGCCUUGUUUUAAAUGUGACGUCAUACGACCUCCUAGGUGUCACCACUGUGUUCUGUGCAAUAUAUGUGUGUUAAAGAGAGAUCACCAUUGCUUUUUUGCCGGAUCCUGCAUCGGCUGGAGGAAUCAGCGUCAUUUUAUUGUGUUUUGUUUCUGGGCGGCGCUUUCGUGUGCAUACGCAUUUGCGCAUGCGCUGUACUUCAUAUAUUAUUACCUAUGGUACAGUAUUUCAUACAUGGACUUUUUCGUUCCGGUGACUGCAUUAAGGUGUCUCCUAGGAUACACGUCGCCUAAGAUGACCUUGUACAUUGCAGUGACGUCAUUUCUGAUUUAUUUCUUCAUCAUCAGCUCAAAUUUCUUUAUCGAGCACAUGGAACUGAUCAGCGCUGGAAAAACCACAUUCGAAGUUGACCGCGUCAGUGAACGGUUACAAAUUAAAGACACGCGAUCGUUUUUCGACAAACUGAAAGGCGUUUUCGGGAGGAAUCCUCUGCUUAAUGUGAUUUUCCCGGUGCACUUCGUUUUCCCGCCACUUGACGAUCCGAUUGAAUGGCCAUGUGUCAAAGUUCACCGACAGCCUUGAAUUAUUGAAAUUAAUUUUAGAAGCAAAAUUCAUUUCGGUAAAAUGUUCUCCUGUUGUCCGACUUGUUUUUAAAUGCAACGACGGAAUAAAGUAUUUGUAUUCCAA